GGCCUAGCAUGCCAAAGGGCAUGUAGCGGCCAUGUGAGCUGGGCAUGCCACUGGAUGCGUACAUCAACCUGCCGGCAGAGGCCCGACUCCUGCCGUAUCCGGCGCUGCAAAAUCUGGAGACCCCGUGGCCCCGAUGUCAAGACAUCCGUGGCAUGCAUGAGGAACCAGAAGCGGGAGAUUCUCUGGUGGUGGUUUCGCAGUCGUGGUCACAUCAGAUGCAUCCAGACCCCACAGGAGUGAAGGCGCGGGAGAUCAUCAGUGCCGUGAAGACCGUUGCAGUGAAGCUUCGAGCUGAAGGGCGGCUGCUGGUGUUUAUUGACUUCCUGAGCAUGCCUCAACCUCCCAUGUAUCCAGAGCAAGACCCAUGGACCGAGCAAGACACGCGCGCAGUGCAGCAGGUGAUGGAAGCCCUUCCGCAACUGAUGUUCAAAGCGGACGCGGUGAUUCACAUCAUCGACAAUCCAAGAGAGAGCUGCACAUCAUGUUCAAAACAUGUGGUUAUGGGCGAAGGGGAGAAGUACGUCACAACUUUCAAGGAAAUUCAAAGGAGUUUCAAAUUGCGGCAGAUUGGUGCUGUUGUGCAGGUCUGGGAAGAGCUUGCUGGCACUGAAAGCCCCAACACGAGCACUGGCAUCGAAUCAGACAGACUGAAGAACUUGCCAGCUCCCAAGCAGCCCAAGACGUUUGAUCAGGUGCUGAAAAUCGACAAUCACCGUGUGAAGUCACUGGACGAUUUGCCUGAUGAGUGGGAUGCCGUGGGUCGUCAGUGUUCCUGCGCUCGGUGGAGCCACUUCUUUUCGCAUGUGGCUGCCGAAGACCGGCUGGUGGAGAUGGUUCGGCUGCCAUUUGGCUAUCGGAUUGAGGCAGAUCCGAAACAGCAGGGCCGCACCUAUUUCGAUCGGUUCAUCAGCAUCGUCAAGGUGGCUCUCAUGGAGGAAACUGCAGCCCACGAGGUGAUUUUCGCCAAUUCGGAGGAUGUGAAGCGUGACAUUCUGAGCGGCGGAGAGCGGUUGAGGGCUGCGGCGAAGAAGGGGCCAGAUGUUUUGGCCUCUGAGCUGCGCGAAUUCACAGAGGACCUGGAUACGAAAAGCUUUAUCCCGGUGGCCUAUGAGCUGGGCGAUGACGGCCGGGUUCCAGCCUCCAACUUCGAGGAUCGGCAGAGGGACAUCGUCAGCAGCUUGAUGCAGGUCUUCUUGGAGGAGCUGAACAUCGGAGUGUCGCUGUCCUUGUGGAGGGCACUGCAGGAAGAGCGACUGGAUGAUUGCCGCCGGCUGCUGCAGGAUAAGGCUGAUCCAAACAUUGUGGAUGGGAAAGGCAAGACGUGCUUGCACCAUGCAGCACAGGUGCGAUCCCUGGAAGCUGCCAAAUUGCUCCUGGAGUUUGGAGCUUCUCUCAGUGCGCGUGAUCAUCGGGGAUGCACUCCUGCUCACACAGUUCCCCUGGUUGCAGAUGGUGUUUCCGAACCGUUGUUGGAAGAGUUUGCUCGCCGAGAUGUUGCAGCUCUUUUUGAGACAGACAAGGCGGGUGUCUCUGCCAUUGAGCGGGCCUAUCUCUGGAGCCAAAUCGCCAAGGAGGGUGAGGUGAACGAACCGAUUCACUCCAUGCUGAAAGAAAUUCUGCAGCUGGAGGGUGUCGACCAGUCAACGAUGUGGCCUUCUAUGCAGGAUUUGGGCAUCAGAGGAUUGCACAUGAACUUCCCUGAGGCCCUGCCGAAUUCUCAUCAUGGCAGAGUAGAAGCACGACGGAUGCAUUUCAACGGCGUACUGCGGACGAUUUAUGUGAUGCAUCCGCAGACCCUGCAUGGAAAUGGGGAUCCGCUGCUCUACUUUGGUUUUUGCAGAUUGAUGCCGUGGACUUUGCAAGAGCCGGCCCUGCGUGUUCUCGCGAACCGACUGAGUCGCAGGAUUUUUUGCAUUUGCUCAGAGGCAGUGAAUGCGGAGUUGCUCCAUGCAGAUGAACUUGACACAAAUGGACAAGCCUUCUACACGGAUUUGUACACCAUGAUCGACACGUUGCCUUUGCCCUAUCGGUUGGUCUUGAUUGACAGCACCUUUGGUGUUGGCACUCCUCUCCUAUGGAAGCUGCAAGACCGUUUGAAGCAUGUCCUGAUCAUCAAUCCGAGCUACAUUUUCAGGAACAGCAUGGCGGCAGACGAUUCCAUGCAUGAGAUUCACCUCAAGCGUGCGAGUUGGCUUUCCGACUUGGCUCGUGCAAGAGACAUUAAGACCAUCGUGAAGCAUUUCGGUGAAUUCGCAGCCUCGCUGUCACUCUCAAAGGCUCAGAGUGAAUCUGCGAAGCAGUAUCAGUUUCUCUUGGACGAGUUCGAGUUUGGCCUCAAGAGCGCGUCCGAUGCCUUCUGGCAGAUGUCAGUGGCUCAUCCCCUGUGGAACUACAAGCACCUGACGCCACUGUUAGCCACCUUGCCUGCGUGGCAGCCGCAUCAUUCGGUGGAUAUCAUUUUGGCUUACGGCAGUCACACGCCUGGCGUCUCAGUGCAGGAUGCAACCUACAACUUGCAGGAGAUGUUGCCUGGUUCAAUCACAACUUGCAUCGGCAUGAGCUCUUGGCUUUGGCAUAUGGAAGGUAGCACUGCCGUACUUGAAGUUGCACGUCUCACGGAGCUCAUGUGUAAGUGCAGCGUGGGAACUGAGUCGCUGAAUGCCAUGUUGGUGGCGCAGCACAGCCCAACGUCCACACGAUUCCUCAGCAAAUCCACGGCGGGGGCAGCGAAGAGCAAACCUCGACCAGCGCUGCUCCGACAAAUGUCAUCAUUGAAAUCUGACGAUAUUAAGGCAGCCAUGAACAAGGUCCCAUGAUGCCCGAAAUUCCACCAGCAUGAGUCUGCAACAGUCCAUGCUGAAGGUGUCAAAGACAGCCAUAGCCACAACUGAGACGCGGCGCUUUCAGAAAA